CAGCAGCAGCGAGAGGGGCAGCCCCAGCCAAGCCAGGGGAAGAAGAGAAGGCUCGCCGGCCACCCUGGGCCGGAGGCAGCCCUCUCUAGCUGUGCCCAGGGGCCGGGGAACUGGGCAGGUGGCUUCCGACAGCAGCCACUCCCAUUGGCCAGGUUCUUCUCCGCCCUUGCUCCCGCCCCUUCCCCUCCCCCCAGCCCCCAGCCCCCUCCUCCUCAGGUGAGCCAGUCUGGCCGAGCUCAAGGCUGCUGUUGUUUCUCCCCUUCCCGGGACCCAGGUUCCUGGCCCCCAGCUGGGGACACCAUGCUCCUGCCGGGGUCCAAUUGUGACCCCUAGAAAGUGGAAGACAGCUCUGAGAUUUCACCGAACGGACCCCCGAGGGUCUCGGUUGCCUCUCUCCCCAAGGGGAGGAGGCCCUACUGCCACAGCCACCACUGUUCACCGGGGGAAUCAUUAACUGGAGGUGGUGACAUGGCUGAGAAGGAGAGUGGCCAAAAAGUUCAGUGUUGGUCUCUGCCCAAGAUUGUGGCGCUCAGCGCAGUGGGCCUCCUGCUCCUGGCGGGCAUCGGAGCAGCUUCUUGGGCCAUCGUGACUGUGCUGCUGAGGAGUGACCAGGAGGUGCUCUACCCGGUACAGGUGAGUCCGGCGGACCUGCGGCUUACUGUGUUUGACGGAGCAGAGGGCACGUGGCGGCUGCUUUGUUCCUCCAGGGCCAACUCCAGGGUGGCAAGUCUGAGCUGUGAGGAGAUGGGCUUUAUCAGGGCUCUGAGCCACUCGGAGCUGGACGUCCGGAUGUUUGGAACAAACGGCACGUCCGGCUACUUCUGCGUGGAUGAGGAGAGGCUCCCCUAUGCUCGGAGGCUGGCAGAGGUCAUCUCCAUCUGUGACUGUCCCAGGGGCCUCUUCCUAGCCACCCUCUGCCAAGAUUGUGGCCGGAGGAAGCUGCCUGUAGACCGUAUUGUGGGAGGCCAGGAUGCCAGCCUGGGCCGCUGGCCAUGGCAGGUCAGUCUGCGCUAUGAUGGGGCGCACCUGUGCGGGGGGUCCCUGCUGUCCGGAGACUGGGUGCUGACCGCGGCCCACUGCUUCCCUGAGCGGAACCGGGUUGUGUCACGGUGGAGAGUGUUUGCGGGCGCCGUGGCCCAGGCUUCCACCCAGGGACUCCAGCUCGGGGUCCAGGCUGUGGUGUACCACGGAGGCUACCUGCCUUUCCGGGACCCGAACAGCGAAGAGAACAGUAACGAUAUUGCUUUGGUCCACCUUUCCAGUCCCCUGCCCCUCACGGAAUACAUCCAGCCUGUCUGCCUCCCGGCUGCCGGUCAGGCCUUGGUGGAUGGGAAGAUUUGCACAGUGACAGGCUGGGGAAAUACUCAGUAUUAUGGGAAACAGGCUAACAUGCUACAGGAGGCUCGCGUGCCCAUCAUCAGCAACACAGUCUGCAACAGCCCUGACUUCUAUGGGAACCAGAUCAAACCCAAAAUGUUCUGUGCUGGGUACACUGAGGGGGGCAUCGAUGCCUGCCAGGGAGACAGCGGGGGCCCCUUUGUGUGUGAGGACUCCAUCUCCAGGACUCCCCGGUGGAGGCUGUGUGGGAUCGUGAGCUGGGGGACAGGCUGCGCUCUCGCCCACAAGCCUGGGGUUUACACCAAAGUAGGAGAAUACCAGGAGUGGAUCUACCGGGCCAUGAAGACUCACUCCGAGGACAGUGGGAUGGUGACCCAGCUCUGACAGCCCUGCGUCUCCUCCCAGGGUACCUGCUUCUCCUUCUCUCUUAAUCCCUGCUGGUCCUGGGCUACUCCCCAGCAGCUAGCGGUGGAGGACAAUCUAUGGCUCCGAGAGCCCCAUUCUGGAUUCCUUCGUAGAGACGAGGAGGGCCUGGGGAUUCUGAAGGGCAGGGAGAAAAUGGGAGGGGGGUGCGGCAGGUCAGGAGCGACACCCCCUCGGGAUUUUCUCCAUCCCGUCCCCCACAUGUUGCUGCUAUCCCUGGCCCGUUGCCAGCCCUUCUCUGGGCAGUCCCCUACUCAGGUCCACCCGGGAGUCCUGUCCUGCCUCCUCCUGUAAAUACUCUCUUGGGAUGUGUGGGGACCAGAUCUGGGGCUCCUUGCCCCGCCCGCCGCUGUCCCCAGAAAUGUUUGGUGAUUUCUUUGAAUAAUAAAACUGGUUUUGAUUA